AUGUCAGAUCAAGGCCAACAAGAGGGAGCUAAUGUUGUGAACAUUCAAGGUGAAGCAACAUUAACUAAUGGACAAGGAACAGCCUCGAAUAUUUAUGGCAACGUCAACAUCAACAUAGAAAAUACAGGUCGCAGAAUCGAAGAUGCUUUUCUGGAAGUUCCGAAAGUCUUUACCAACGCUGCGCAGUUUAAAAGAUUUGCAUUGUCUAGGAAAGGUUUAUCGCUCAGUAUGCUUGAAGUCGAAAACAUAAAGGACAAUGCAAGAUCUGUUGAAGAAAGGAAUCUACAAAUGUUGACUCAGUGGAAAUACAAGAAUGGUGAAUCAGCAACAACUGAAAAAAUCUGGCAACUGGUAGAUGGUUUUCUGAAUGAAGAUGGAUCUGAACAAGAUUCUCCUCAUCCAACAACACUCGCGCAAUCUGUGAAAGAGGAGAGAGUGUCUAAUGUUCCACUCGGUGCAUCUCUAUCUCAAUCAGCCGAUCAACUCCCAAAGUCAGAAGGGACACCUGGAGGUGAAGUUGCACGAUGUGAAGAAUCAAAAAGAGUGUCCACUGUUCCAUCACCUCAACUUGGUGCAUCUCCAUUUGGUUCCCGAUCAUCUGAACCGCUUGUGGAUCAACGAGGGGCAACUGGAGGAGAAGCUGCAAGUGGCUCUGGAAGUAUGACACCCUCUGGCGCACAUGAACAUCAGGGAACAUCCGCUACCGGUCGCAGAAUCGAAGAUGCUUUUCUGGAAGUUCAGAAAGUCUUUGCCAACGCUGCGCAAUUCAAAAGAUUUGCAUUGUCUAGGAAAGGUUUAUCGCUCAGUAUGCUUGAAGUCGAAAACAUAAAGGACAAUGCAAGAUAUGUUGAAGAAAGGAAUCUGCAAAUGUUGACUCAGUGGAAAUACAAGAAUGGUGAAUCAGCAACAACUGAAAAAAUCUGGCAACUGGUAGAUGGUUUUCUGAAUGAAGAUGGAUCUGAACAAGAUUCUCCUCAUCCAACAACACUCUUGCAAUCUUUGGAAGAAGAGAGAGUGUCUAAUGUUCCACUCGGUGCAUCUCUAUCUCAAUCAGCCGAUCAAUUUCCAAAGCCACAAGGGACACCUGGAGGUGAAGUUGCACGAUGUGAAGAAUCAAAAAGAGUGUCCAGUGUUCCAUCACCUCAACUUGGUGCAUCUCCAUUUGGUUCCCGAUCAUCUGAACCGCUUGUGGAUCAACGAGGGGCAACUGGAGGAAAAGCUGCAAGUGGCUCUGGAAGUAUGACACCCUCUGGCGCACAUGAACAUCAGGGAACAUCUGCUACCGAUGUAAACACAGGAUUGGAUACCCGACAAACAAACUUCUCAAGCAUUGUUUUGUAUUUCAUUAUUACUGUAUUUAUUAGUACUAUAAUUUUCAUUCUUUAUCAGCACUAUAUUUCUAAAAUAUAAAAUAAUGCAACUUCAAACAGAUGAUUUUCAAGCAUACUAACAUAUGUGACUUUCUCUAUUUUUCAAUUUCUUGGGUAUUUUUUAUAAGCAUUUCAUAAUUGAAUGCUGAUAAGCAAAACAUAAAUGUUUUCAUCUCUGCUUCAAAAAAAGCUAUAAACCACUUUUAAUGAAGAUCAGAAUGUUUCCUGUUUGAUCUAUACCCUGCCCGAUUUGUACACUUUUAAUCAGUGGUUACCGACCUUUUUUGCGUCGCGACCCCCUUUGGAUAUUUUCUAACAUGCCGCGACCCCUUUCACAAUAUAUGCUGAAUUUGAAUUUGUAGGCCCAAUCCAUGUGCUUACUCUAACAAUUUUACUGAAGUUUUAUAUCUAUCUCAACCCAGAACAUACCAUGAACCCCACUUCAUAAUAUGCU